UCUCCUCCACCACCCCAGAACUCUCGCGACAUCCAAUUUUCCCACUCUAUAUAUCCCGACACCUCCAUUCCACCUUCUCCCCAAAACCAACAUUCUCAAACCGAUAUAUAUCCAACACGCCAUGCAUCGUUACCAAAUGAAGCUCCCGUCGGUGGAAUUGUUCUUGUUAUCCUGCUUCUUGCUUCUGGCCGCACGUUCCUGCUCCGGGCUGUCGCUCUUCCCUUUCUCCCGGGGCCCGGCCACGGGAGACUGGUGGCCGGCGGACCCGUUCGCUGUGCUGGAGCAAAUGCCGCUGGGGCUGGAGAGGGACGAGAGCCUGACGGUGUCCCAGGCGCAGGUGGACUGGAAGGAGACCCCCGAGGGGCACGUGAUCAGGAUGGACGUGCCGGGGUUGAAGAAGGAGGAGCUGCAGAUCGAGGUGGAGGAGAACCGGGUGCUAAGGGUGAGCGGAGAGCGGAGGAGGGAAGAGGAGAAGAAGGGGGAGCACUGGCACCGGGUGGAGCGGUCGUACGGCAAGUUCUGGAGGCAGUUCCGGCUGCCCAACAACGUGGACGUGGAUUCCAUUAAGGCGAAGCUGGAGAACGGCGUGCUUACUGUGAGCUUCGAGAAGCUGUCGCCGGACAGGAUAAAGGGCCCGAAGGUUGUGAGCAUUAAAGCGGGGGGAGAAGGGGCGUCGCGGGAGGAGGAGAUGAGAGGCGAUCGGCGGCAGCAGGAGGAGGAGGAGAAGGCUAAAGAAGAGCUUUGAAUUAAUUGGUGAAAUUGACGGUCGGUGGUGUUUGUAUCUCACAUCCAUCUAUAUCUUCUUGGCUUGCGUUGGGCUUGGUUUGGUUUGGUUUGGUUUUUGAAAGUGGAAUGACACUUGUCUUGUAUGGUAUGCGUGUUGAAGGGACUAGUACUCCAGGGAUAUAAUACACAGUGCCCAUUAACCCAACUUGGAUUUUUCUUUGUAUGCAAGUAAUAAGCGCUUUUAUCUUUUAAGCA